GUGUAGUAUUUUGAGGAAAGAGAAUAAUUUGAUAUGAUUUAGAAUGUGCGCGUGAAUGCUUUUUGGAUUGGGCUGUAUCUACCAAAACUUCAUGGGAAAAGUGGCUAAGUGUGUUAUACUUACAGAUUUCAAAUUAGAUUAAAUUCCAAUUGGACUGUUCCUCCUUAAGUGAAUCGGUUGGCACAGUCCGUCUUCAUGAAGUCAGAGCUUAAAAUCAGAGCACUCCUUCACUUUUCUCUUGGAGAGGUGACAAUCUGAUGCCAGAGACACAGCCGUGAUGCUUCACUGGCAAAGAUCAGAGCCGGUCCUGCAGCCUGGUGUUUACCAGAACUGACCAGAGGAAGUCUGAUAGUCAUCUCACAGGAUGUAACACUCUAUUUUUUUUCAUCAGGGAUCUCUCUAUCUCUCUCCCUCUCAUGCAUGUUCAUUUCUACAUGCUUUCAUGCAUCGUGCAAGACAGUGACGCACGUAUACGUUCACUGUCGACUUGUCCUGAUGUAACCCAGCAACACACACAAACAUGCACACACACAUUUUGUCUGCUUCUCAGCAGCGGUCUUUCCUAUUGCCAAUUGACCCUGAGGAUUACAAACCAGAGGUCUCAGGGGAUAAAACAAUUCAGACACGCAUAUGGUAUCCUGUGAUAGAUCCAGUAUUAACACCUGACACCUCGAAAACAGGAAAAAAGCCGGCAGACAGAUGCACUGGGGUGUUUGGAGGUGGAGCAUGAGCACGGCUAUAAAAACCCUGAGAAGGAAGUCUUGACUUCACUCUGAUGAGAAGGGAGACCGCCUCCAUCAUGUCGUACUAUGAGCACGUCUACCUUGACUUCAACGACACAGGCUCUGGCUCUGGCUUCUGGGACGACGGAGAGAACCUGGAAGAGUCUUGCAAUGUGGAGCACGGGAUGACCGCCGAGCUUCAUCGGGUCUUCUUGCCCGUGGUCUACGCCGUAAUCUUCGUCUUGGGCAUAACCGGAAACGGUCUGGUGGUCGUGGUGUUGGGCUGCCAGCGCAGGUCAAAGUGCAGCUUGACAGACUGGUAUCGCCUCCAUCUCUCUGCUGCUGACCUCCUCUUUGUUCUGGCGCUUCCCUUCUGGGCAGUGGAUGCAGCCUUGGAUGACUGGCGUUUUGGAGGGGCCGCUUGCAUCGGCGUGCACGUGAUCUACACCGUCAACCUGUACGGCAGCGUGCUCAUCCUGGCCUUCAUCAGCCUGGACCGCUACUUGGCAGUGGUCCGAGCAACGGGCACAAACACCGGUGGGCUGAGGCAGCUGCUGGCACACAAGGCGGUUUAUGUAGGUGCGUGGUUGCCUGCUACCCUGCUGGCUGUCCCAGACAUGAUAUUUGCCCGGACUCAGGAAGGCGGAGAGGGCGCCACCGUGUGCCAGCGCUUCUACCCCGAAGAAAACGCCCCCGUCUGGGUGGCCGUCUUCCACCUUCAGCUGGUCCUGGUGGGCCUGGUGAUCCCUGGUCUGGUCCUUCUUGUGUGCUACUGCGUCAUCGUCUCCAGGCUGACCCGGCCAGGCCCGUUGGGGGGCCAGAGGCAGAAGCGGCGGGCGGUCAGGACCACGAUCGCCUUGGUUCUCUGCUUCUUCAUCUGCUGGCUCCCGUACGGAGCGGGGAUCUCCGUGGACGCGCUGCUGCGUCUGGACGUCCUGCCCCGGUGCUGCAGGCUGGAGGCGGCUCUGAGCGUGUGGUUGUCUGUGGCGGAGCCCAUGGCGUUCGCACACUGCUGCCUAAACCCGCUGCUUUACGCGUUUCUGGGGGCCGGGUUCAAGAGCUCGGCCCGCAGGGCCCUGACUCUGAGUCGGGCCUCCAGUUUGAAGAUUUUACCCCGGAGACGCAACGGGACUUCAAUGACCCCCGAGACCGAAUCCUCCAGUUUACAUUCCAGCUAAGGUCUCUCCGAGCUGCGCUGUGUUCUGUACAUAUUAUGUGAUAUAUGUAAGAAAGUUUAAAGAAAUUAUGAGAAUAAUGAGGUGCAGUCUGCUGGUCCAUGACUUCUCCUUCUCUGUAGAGUUUCACUUGUAAAUAUGAUUCAUAUUUUUAGUGGCGCAAAAAAGAGAAAAGAAAGGGCAUGCACCAUAUCCCUUAUGUAAAAAUGAUUUCUAGUCAGUAUUUUCUGUAUUUAAAAAUCUUGGUGCAUGUGUAAAUGAUGUGAUCUACUGCACAUGCACUUUCUACACUUCAGAAAGUGCAAAGUUGCGCCUCUGCCUGUGUACAUAUUGCAGCUUUGUACCUGUUUCUAAUAAAAUAUAUAAAACCAA